UAUGUCUUUGUCGGGUGCAUCAAUUGCUGGCAGCAAGCCUGUAGGGCAGCACGUGCCACGAUGUCGAAGGUGAUGAUGAACACGACGCUCACCAACACGACAUCCCCGCCUGUCCCAGACAAACAUCACUCGCCACAGAUCGACGACCGCGCUCGUCUGGUGUUGGUGGUGCUGGGGGUGAGCAUCGUCAUCAUGGGCGUCCUUGGCAACAGCUUCAUCUUGGUCUGCGUGCUGAUCUUCCGCCGCCUGCACUUGGCGCACUACCUCUUCCUGUGCAGUCUGGUGGCAGCUGACCUCAUCCUGUCCGGCUAUGUCGUCCUCUUCUUUGUCAUCCACCUGGCGCUCAGCGACGAUUGGAUGGUCAAGGGGCUCAGUUGCAAAUUAAACGGCAUCUUUCUGAUCGCCGCUGGCUGGUCCGUCGUCUUGUCGCUCUUCGUUCUCACCUUAAACAGGUACUUAUAUCUGUGCAAGAGGACGUGGUUUGACUUUCUCUUUGGUAAAGAGGUCUGCAUCAUCAUUACCCUGUCGAUCUGGGUGGGGGGACUCGUGGGUACAUUGCCUACCUUGCUCGAUCACACCUUUCACCUGGACCCUGUUCUUCACAUCUGCACGUACAACCGCAAAGAGAGUUACUACAUCUCCGCCAUCGGCCUCGUCCUUCUGAUCGUCAUCUGUGGGAGCAUUUUCUGCAUAGUGUACGAGAUUUACAGAACAGCGCGCGCCCUGGAGUUGAGGAACGAGGCAGUCAUGAGCCUCAGGGACCUAGACAGGGAGGAGGGUGAGAGGGACAGGGACUUCCGCCUGCGGCCCACAUACAAGCGGAAGGGGACGAUUGAUGUGCCCUUGGAGUCCCCCAUCAGCAAGCGGGAACUGCGCUUUGCCUGGGGGCUGGUCGUCAUCAACCUCUGUCGUCUGCUCUUAUCGCUGCCCUUCCUCGUCGUCUCCUUGGUUGAUCGCACCAUCAAGGGGUCUCCUGUCGUUCACCAGGUGGCGUUCUUCCUAAUGAUGUUGAACUCCUGCAUGAACUGGGUCAUCCUGCUGGUCUUUGACCUCGCCCUCAAGCGCUCCCUUAAGAAGGCAAUGUGUGGGCAAGGCAUGCACGGAGACCAGAGCAGGAAUAAGAAAGGUCUGUCCUCUGACACAUCCUCGGGGAGCAGAUGGCCAAAAAUAAAGAAAGAUAGGAGCCUAUCACGUGACCAGCGCUCCAGAGGGUAUGACGAGGAGGAAGAGAGCGAGGAGGCCACGGCGAGCAGACGACGGAGGCUGAAGUCUUGUUGGUAUGGCGACGAACCUUCCUUGGGCGGUUCGGAGACGGAGGAGGAGCAGAGGAAGAGACCGGAGAGAGCCGACUGGAAGCGGCACGCCUUUUGGAAUUUGAAAAGACCCGAGCCACCCCAGCCCCAGGAAGUUGUGGAGGAAAAGCACGAGGACGAGUACGCCGGUCAGUCUUUCCUCUCGCGCCAACUGAACCUGUGGUUGUCGGGGAACGACUGCCAGGAUGCUACAGUGGAGCCGGACACAGACCACGAGCAAGGGACAGGGUCAAGGCACAGUGGCAGCAGAAAAUCGUCCCCCGUGCGGUUCCAAAAGCGCUCGACAUCAUCUGUGGGGUCCAACGACGAGGGCGACCAGCCACGUGUCCGGGAUGCGACUCGGCGAAAAUCUAAAAUGGCGGACAUGGUGAUUCAGGUGGACAAGAACGGGGAGAAGGUGAGGCUGCAAGACAUGGUUCAGGUGUGGCUGGACACUCUGCGCAGGUCGCAGGGCGGACCCAGUCUGGAGGAGCGGGAGGAGCGGGAGGAAGAGGUCCGCCGCAGAGGGAGCAGCAGAACGAGCGCCAUGACAGUGUCGUCCGGGCUGUUCGCCGCAAGAUGACGCACUUCUCUUACUCCUCGACAGCCUCAUCGCCGGAGGUCAGCAGAAAGGAAAAGGUCAAGACCCAUUGGAAGAACCUUGCCCAUGAUGCCGCCAGAGCUGAGAAAGACAAAGAGCCAAGGGACAGCUACAACGAGCCACCAGGCACUCAAAAGCACCCGUACUCGUGGCUGUGUGUGGACGGGUGCAUUCAGUAACUGUCAGCAGGCCGCUCACUGAGAUGGAGAUGUUGUUUCCGAGAAUUACAAGAGCAACAGACGAUUCAUCUACACCUCGCCCUUCACAGUCUCGAUACUUAUCAGGGAGAUUUAUGAUCAGCAUCACUAAUUAGAGAUAAUUAUAAUUUGCCUGUCUGCCAAGAAGAAGCCAGCAUUGCAGCAUGUCUCUUGGUUUCUAACAUUUAACUGGGCAGGUUGAGGCUUUCAGACCGUGAGUAAUAAAAUACUGAGU